AUGCGUAUACCCAAUAAAGCCAUUUCACGGGAACGUCACCCUUCUCCCACAACUGAAGAUUUAAUUGAAAAACUAAAUGGUGCUGCAUAUUUCUCAAAACUUGAUCUAAGCUCUGGGUACCAUCAACUAGAGUUGGAUGAAGCUUCACGUGACAUAACUACAUUUGCAACUCAUGAAGGUCUCAAAAGAUAUAAACGUUUGAACUUUGGCACAAAUAGUGCUGCUGAGAUAUUUCAAAAUGUCAUUCAGACCACAUUCCAAGAUAUUGACGGUUGUAUAAACAUAAGCGACGACAUACUAGUUUUUGCCAAAACACAACAUGAACAUGGCAUGACAUUAGAAUCUGUUCUACAGCGUGCUAAUGAAAAGAAUUUAAGAUUCAACGGUGACAAAUGUGAAUUUGAUAAACCAAGCAUCACGUUUUAUGGUCAUGUUUUCUCGAAGCAGGGUAUAUCCCCAUGUCCUAAAAAGAUCGAAGCGAUCAAGUCUCUAAAACCUCCAGCGAAUGUUUCUGAACUUCGUAGCUAUUUAGGAAUGAUAACAUAUUGCGGCAGAUUUAUCCAAGAUCUUGCAACACUGACUGCCCCAUUACGUAAACUUACAAAGAAGGACAUAAAAUACGAAUGGAAAGAAUCACAACAACGUGCGUUUGAUACAUUACAAGAAAGAUUGAACGAAAAAAACACUUGAUCAUACUUUGAACAUAUCUUUUCAACAACCCCUUUCAACAUAUCUUUUUGGUAUUAGUCUUGUUCGAAACACAAUCCAACACACUAUUUAGAGUGUUAUUUUCAAGCUUGCAUGUGCAGUUCUGCAUGUUUUAUUUCCCGCGAAAUGUUGGGGAUACUUGUAUCCCUAGUGUCUGACAGUGUCUGUAGUGAUAUGGGAAUGUAGGGUGGUUCUUUAGAGAUACGCAGAACACGACCGCCAUAUUGCCGGGGAUACACAUAUCCCAAGUGAUAUUAGUAGGGGAUACACAAAACACGGGGAUACUCAUAUCACUGUGACAGCGGCAAUAUUAAUACAAAAUACCCCCAGCCAAAAUGACGAAACUGUCGUUGCAUAUGGCAGUCGUGCUCUUAUAGAAGUAGAACAAAGAUAUAGUCAGACAGAACGCGAGGCAUUGGCAAUUGUUUUUGGCUGCGAACAUUUUCGUUUAUUUCUCUAUGGAAUUCAUUUCACAAUCUAUACAGACCAUAAACCAUUAGUAUCGAUUUUUCAGAAUCCAAAUUCACAUUGCCCUGCACGACUAGAACGCUGGUGUUUACGCCUACAGUCGUACAAUUUCCAAAUUCACUAUCGCCCUGGCCACGAUAACCCAUCCGAUUACAUGUCAAGACACCCAAUGAAUACGACCUCAAUGACAUCACAAAACAGUGAAAACUCUGAAUAUUAUAUUCAGUUCAUUGCGGAAUCAACAACCCCAAAAGCAAUGACCCUUCAACAAAUCAGAGAAGCAACACAAAAUGACCCAACUUUGCAACAUGCUGCACACAUAAUACAGAAAAACUUAUGGCAUACGUUAGACACCACAACAUUUUCCAAAGACACAGUCAUUGAUAUUCGUGAACUAAAGUUACUCCGUAAUAUCAAAGAUGAAUUAACUGUAUCUAAUGAUAAGAACAUCAUUUUACGAGACACAGGCAUUGUUAUUCCAAAAAGCUUGCGAGCAGAUGCCAUACGUUUAGCCCAU